UCUGUGGAGAGUCUCUAAAGGAGAAUUGUAAACAACAGUAGAAGAGGCUGGAAACAGAAGUAGAUCUGUUCAAAGUCUGCACUGAUACUGCAGAUGAGGCGCUUCAUGUUACAUGUUAGUUCCUGUAGCCACUCCUAGCAGAUGUUUCUAUGUUCCCGCCCCUCCACAGAUCUCUCUUCAUCAGGAUGGGUGUGAGCAACAUGGUGGAACAUGCAGCUGCUGGUAAGACUCAUUUCCUGCUUCAUGUGAGAUCUGUUGUCCUUCAGAGCGCACACACCCUUUCUGUUCAGGGAAAGUGAAACUGUUUGACAGUUACUGUGAAGAGGAAAAUGGCGCAGCAGGGAAAUCAGCUGGACCGAGAAAAAUUCUGCUGUUCCAUCUGUCUGGAUCUACUGAAGGAUCCGGUGACUAUUCCCUGUGGACACAGCUACUGCAUGAACUGUAUUAAAAGCUUCUGGGAUGGAGAGGAUCAGAAGGGAAUCUACAGCUGCCCUCAAUGUAGGCAGACCUUCACACCGAGACCUGUCCUGGUGAAAAACACCAUGUUAGCUGAUUUAUUAGAAGACCUGAAGAAGACUGGACUCCAAGCUGCUCCUGCUGAUCACUGCUAUGCUGGACCUGAAGAUGUGGCCUGUGAUUUCUGCUCUGGAAGAAAACUGAAAGCCAUCAAGUCCUGUUUAUUCUGUCUGGCCUCUUACUGUGAGAAACACCUUCAGUCUCAUUAUGAUAUGGCUCCAUUAAAGAAACACAAGCUGGUGGAGCCCUCCAAGAACCUCCAGGAGAACAUCUGCUCUCGUCAUGAUGAGGUGAUGAAGAUGUUCUGCCGUACUGAUCAGAAGUGUAUCUGUUAUCUCUGCUCUGUGGAUGAACAUAAAGGCCACGACACAGUCUCAGCUGCAGCAGAAAGGACUGAGAGGCAGAGAGAGCUGGAGGUGAGUCGACAAGAAAUCCAGCAGAGAAUCCAGGACAGAGAGAAAGAUGUGAAGCUGCUUCAACAGGAGGUGGAGGCCAUCAAUCACUCUGCUGAUAAAACAGUGGAGGACUGUGAGAAGAUCUUCACUGAGCUGAUCCGUCUCAUCCAGAAAAGAAGCUCUGAUGUGAAGCAGCAGAUCAGAUCCCAGCAGGAAACUGAAGUGAGUGGAGUCAAAGAGCUUCAGGAGAAGCUGGAGCAGGAGAUCACUGAGCUGAAGAGGAAAGACGCUGAGCUGAAGCAGCUCUCACACACAGAGGAUCACAACCAGUUUCUACACAACUACCCCUCACUGUCAGCACUCAGUGAGUCUACACACUCAUCCGGCAUCAAUAUCCGUCCUCUGAGAUACUUUGAGGAUGUGACAGCAGCUGUGUCAGAGCUCAGAGAUAAACUACAGGACAUUCUGACAGACAGAUGGAGAAACAUCUCACUGACAGUCACUGAUGUGCAUGUUUUACUGUCACAACCAGAACCAAAGAGCAGAGCUGGAUUCUUAAAAUAUUCAUGUGGAAUCACACUGGAUCCAAACACAGCACACACACAGCUGUUACUGUCAGAGGGAAACAAAAAGGUGACAAGAAUGGAUCAACAUCAGUCUUAUUCUAGUCAUCCAGACAGAUUCACUCAUUUGUCUCAGGUUCUGAGUAGAGAGAGUCUGACUGGACGUUGUUACUGGGAGGUGGAAAUGAGAGGAAACGUUGAUGUAGCAGUCGCAUACAAGAAUAUCAGCAGAGCAGGAGGCGAAAGUGGAUUUGGAUUUAAUGACAAAUCUUGGUCAUUAUAUUGUCACCAAAACCGUUAUCAGUUUCUCUACAACAACAUCAUAAACUCCAUCUCAGGUCCUCGGUCCUCCAGAGUAGGAGUGUAUCUGGAUCACAGAGCAGGUAUUCUGUCCUUCUACAGCGUCUCUGAAACCAGGACUCUCCUCCACAGAGUCCAGACCACAUUCACUCAACCGCUCUAUGCUGGAUUUCGUGUUGGUCCUGGAUCCAGUGCUGAGUUGUGUGAAGUGAAGUAAAGUUAUUUUCUCUGCUUGUUGCUGAGACUUCAUUGUUGUGAUGUCUCUGCUCUGCUGUUCUGUUGUUUAUUUGACUUUUUUUAUUUGCUGGUUUUUCCUGUUUGUUUCUUUUUGGAGGAAAUCACUGCUAAUGAUGAUUUUUAUUUCCAUCAACAUGAAAAUCUGAACUUCUCUGUUCUCUAAAUAUGUGUUGAAUAUUUGUAUUGAUGUAUUUGUAUGUUGUUGUUUCUCUUCCACUUCAUGGAGCCAAACAGAGAAACCAGCAGAAACUUCCUUCAUCACACAUUAUUUUACUCUCAACACUUUGGAAAUGUAAAAAUCAUUUUCUAUUUGUAAUAACUUUUAGUUGUUCUAGAGAACAGAUUUAGUUUUUCUAAACCAACAAACAAACAAGGUUUCUAAUGAUGAUGUCAGUUUGUGUCAUUUAGACUUCCUUCAAUAAAACAGCUUCAUUGCAGA